GUUCCAUCCAGCCUGAGGCAGGCACUGAUUUGGUCCAGCGGCCACUCGCUCAGGACUCAGGAUGGCCGCCGCGCACCGCUGCCUCUUCCUGCUCCUCCUGUCCACGUGCGUGGCUCUGUUGCUGCCACCACCCCUGGGUGCCCUGGAGGCCCCUCUGGAGCCAGAGUAUCCGGGGGACAAUGCCAGAGCAGAGCAGAUGGCCCAGUAUGCGGCUGAGCUCCGCAGAUACAUCAACAUGAGGACCAGGCCCAGGUAUGGGAAAAGAAGCAAAGAAGGCACGCUGGACUUCUUGGAGUGUGGGUCUCCCCACUCAGCAGUCCCCAGGGAGAUCGGUACAAUGGACUCAUAACGCCACUUCCUGCUCCUCCAACUCCAGGGCGAGGCCGGCCCAGGUCUCCCGUCUGCACCCUUGGCUCUGGCUGUAGCUUGCUCCCUGCUCCCAUACUGGCUAA